CAUCCAUCCAUCCAUCCAUCCACCUAUCCUGCUAUAAAGUCGGACAGCCUGCGCUUGUGCUCGUCCGCCUCCGCCUCCGCCUCCGCCGUCCCCUUCUCACUUUCACCACGACUCUCCUGUAUACCUACUCGAACCUAACAACUUUGUGUGGCUUCACGCCCUUCCCUUCCCACCUUCUGCUUACCCCGAAUCGCGGCCCCGUCCUGCCUGGCAAUUCAGAGUCGUUGUAGGCGAGCGUUAAUAACCCCCAUUCUCUCUCGAGCCCACCAGGCCACAAGCCAUCAUGACACGCCCUGGGAAAGAUGUCAAGUUUCGGCACAGGAGUAGUGGUGCUGCUCCCAGCGGAAAGGCGCGUCGGCUCAGCACGAGUGUGUCCGAAAUCAGCGAGAACGCGUCCGAGGCUGGUAGUCCCACCCAUAACGGCAUUGCAACGAGAUCAGAGCCUCCAGCAGACGAACCUCAGCCUCAAUCCGAGUAUGAGAAGAAGAAGCAGAACUUCAUCACCCGGACCAUCUGGACCUUUAUCAUGAUUGGCGGUUUCUUCUCCGCCAUGUUUGCCGGCCACAUCUACAUCAUCAUCGUAGUCACUGCUGUCCAAAUCAUCUCCUUCAAAGAGGUCAUCGCCAUCUCCAAUGUCCCUAGCCGGGCUAGGAGCUUGCGAUUUACAAAGUCCCUAAAUUGGUACUUCCUCGGCACAACCAUGUACUUCCUAUAUGGCGAGAGUGUCAUCUACUAUUUCAAACACAUCCUGCUCGUAGACCGCAUCCUUCUCCCCCUGGCCACCCACCACCGCUUCAUUAGCUUCAUGUUAUACAUCAUUGGUUUUGUGUUUUUUGUCAGCUCCCUUCAGAAAGGGCAUUACAAGUUCCAGUUCAGACAAUUUGCCUGGACCCACAUGGCUCUGUUUAUGAUUGUUGGCCAGGCACACUUCGUCAUCAACAACAUCUUUGAGGGCAUGAUAUGGUUCUUCCUGCCGGUGGCCAUGGUCAUCACAAACGACAUCUUCGCAUACAUUUGUGGGAUAACGUUUGGCCGCACGCCCUUGAUCAAGAUCUCCCCGAAGAAGACGUGGGAGGGAUUCCUGGGCGCAUGGUUCUUUACCAUCAUCUUCGGUGUUGGCUUGACCAAUGUCAUGGCACGGUACAAGUACUUCAUUUGCCCCGUCAAUGACCUUGGAGCCAACAUCUGGACCGGUCUUGAGUGCAAUCCGAAUCCCGUCUUCAUCCCCAAGCGGUACACUCUGCCGAUCCCGCUCCCCGAUGGAAUUCACCUGCCCACUACCUUCUAUAUCGCCCCUAUUCAGUUCCACGUGUUCGUCCUGGCGACCUUCGCUUCCUUGGUUGCCCCCUUUGGCGGCUUCUUCGCUUCCGGGCUGAAGCGCACUUUCAAUAUAAAGGAUUUCGGAGACUCGAUUCCUGGCCAUGGCGGUAUGACCGACCGUAUGGAUUGCCAGUUCAUCAUGGGCUCAAUCGCCUUCAUGUACUACUCCAGCUUCAUCGCAGUGUACAAGACGACGGUUGGGGGCGUCAUUGAGUCCGCCAUCACCGGGUUGACAGCCGAGGAGCAGAUGGAGGUGGUCAAGAUUUUGAGCAGACAUUUGGUCAAUCACGGCGUCAUCCCAUCCCAGGUCCUAGAGUUUCUCGAGGGGCAAUUGAAAAGGCGGUAACUUGAAGAGCCGGUGGUUUCGUUCAUGAUAUAUGCUUCUCUCGUCUUUCGACUGUUCACACUACUGUGCCACCAACUAACCGCUUGCGACGUAAUUUCUCAUUCCUUUCGUGUUCCGGCCUUAUGUUCUCGAGAGGUUCCCUGUGGCCGUGCACUUUCCUGUAGAUAUACCCAUUCCUCUGUGCAUGGAUUGGUGCGUUUGAUUUGUGUCUAUAACACGGUGGGGAGCACGUCAUUGGCUGAUAGGGGUUGGAUAUGGAGGGACCUUAGGAGAAUCAUUCACAUAUUGGUGAUGACGCUGGUGGAAUAGAUCAUCAUCCACUGCAAGGGUUGCCAAGCCUUGUGCACGGAC